UGAACAUUUUUUGGUUUGAGAGAGAUGGAGAAAGUUCCAACGGGACAUAAGCGCAUUUUGGAUGCGUAUGUCCUAGCUUUUCCAUUAGGAUUUCUUGGAGCGCACCAUUUUUAUCUUAACAGACCUGGAUGGGGAGUUAUUUACAUUUUUACUUUUGGCUUGUUUGGACUUGGUUGGGUUGUUGAUUGGUUCCGUCUCCCCUUUCUUGUCCGAGAUGCAAACGAAAGAUUGGCCAACCCUGAGCGGAUGCAUAUCAAAAAGUUACAUGAUGUUUACGUCGCUUGGCUACCUUUAGGAGGUAUGUUAGGUUUUCACCAUUACUAUAUGGGAAGAACUGGUUGGGGUGUUGCGUAUACGUUUACACUUGGCUUUUUGACCAUUGGAUGGCUUAUUGAUCUUUUUAUUAUUCCAAAACUUUUGAGGGAACGUAAUAAGAGAAUAGAAACAAACGGACCAGCAAAGAAAAGCGCAGCUUCAGCUUAUGUUAUUUGCCUUUUCCCAAUAACUGGCCUUCUUGGAUUCCAUCACCAUUAUCUAGGAAGACACUGGUGGGGUGCUCUGUACACUUUUACAAUUGGUUUACUUGGAGUUGGAUGGCUUUUGGAUAUCUGCCGCCUAAAGUUUGUUGUUGAAAGGGAAAAUCGUAAAUUGAAAAAUGAAGAAGAUAAUAAAUUUUAUAUAGAUGAUGCCUACAUCCUGUGUUUCCCCCUCGGUUUCCUUGGUUUACAUCAGUUUUAUUUGAAAAGAUAUGGUUGGGGAGUUCUUUAUCUAUUGACAUUUGGUCUAUUAGGUAUUGGUUGGAUUACUGAUUGGUUCCGAUUAUCAUGUUUGGUUAAUUCAUUAAAUAAAGAACUGAUUCUCGGUAAUAGAGUGCAACAGGAUCCAGUAAUAAUUCAAACGACGACAACCACGACUACAACAAAGAUUGUAACACCUGAACAAGCUGGAUCGUAUACAAAUCCACCACCAGCAGUCCCACCACAACAAAAUCCAGCACAAAUUUACUGUCCCCCGAGCUACGAUGAUGCUGUAAACCAGCCACCGGAGCACCUACAAAAUCAUACGAAUAAUAUCGUAUAUGUCGAGGCUGGCGAACUCCCACCAAAGGAAAAGAUUUAAAACCUUCUUUUGCAAGGGAGAAAAUUCAAUCAAACAGUAACGAAACUAAAAAGGGAGAAGUUUCUAACGGAAAUGAAUUCGGUUUGAACAUAAUUAUUUGUCUUAAUUAUUUAUUUAUCACCAAUAAUCAGCCCUUUACUCAAUUCUACUUCUCUUCAAUCGCAAAAUAUACUUAGAUGUGUGUAAUCUCCGCCUUUAAAUCCCUUUUUGACUCUUUUUCUAUUGUCUAUCUCAAUUUCAUUAUUAUCUUUACCACCUUCUUCUAUAGUAAUAUAGUUUUAUUUUCACUAAUACUUUAAAGUGGGCCCCCUAUUUUUUCUAAUGAGAAAAAGAAGGGUUGUGAAAAUCUGCAGUUUUUGUUCCCUUCUAUGUAGUCAGUUAACUUAAUCAAUUAGUUUUAUUUUAUUCAAUAUAAACUUAUGCAUAUUUAUAUCGAUGAUUAUGUGGCAGCAUAAAAAAGACUGAUGUUCUCUUAUUCUAAUUGUAUAUAUAUAUAUA